AUGACUGCUGCCGGUCCUCUGACCGUCAUGCCUGAAAAAUUUUUCACUUACGGCGAAGGGAAAAAUUAUGACUGCCUGCCCGAAAAGAGAAAAGCUGUAACUGAGACCAUUAGAUCUAACAUAGCUGAACUAUACACUGGACCGCAAGGGAGUGACAUGAUUGUACAUGAAGUCCCUAGAGAAGACAUUGUAGAUGAAAACCCGGAGGCCCCAACCGUGGCUGCAACCGUAGCUGACAUUGGCGCGUUACAGACGGUUUAUGACGAAAUCUUUCCCGGGGCUUCGCUCCACAAUUAUGAUUACGACCACAAACAUUUUGAAGCAUCUACGUACCAACCUAAAGUAGAAAAUGUGGAAAUUCUCAUUAAUAGGAACAAUGUAAAUAUUCCUUCUUUUGAUAAAAUGUCACCGUUGCUGAGAACGGCUGUACCGAAGAUCCGGGACAAGACUCGUCUGGAACUAUUAUAUGCAGUUGCCCAUGGUAACUGCAGCGUGGCCAAAUUGCGAGCAUUAUCUGAUGAAGGUUGGGUUUCGGGCCAUAUGGUUGAUGUAUUUGUUGACACCUACGUGGCUCCGGAGUAUAGUGAUAUGUUCGCAGAAUUUGCAAAUGAGCCUAUUCAAAUAGACGAAGAAGCUUUCAACGACUGGGUUAAGACUAAGGAAGAUUUUAAGUUGGGACUCAUGACCGAUGACGCUCCGUUCACCUAUGAAGAAUUCAAAAAGUAUGAUCUGAGCAUCAAAACCACAUGCAAACCCACACUUACUCAGGCUUGUAUAACCACCUAUUCAGCGCCACAAGUUAUAGCAGCGCAAAACCAGAGAUGCAAUGCACUCUUUGGCCCUUAUGUACGCAAAGCGAUGAAUAGAUUAAUGCAUGUAUUAGAUCCCACCUUUUCCAUUUACACAGACUGCUCUCCAGAAGAAUACGCUAACAUACUUUCACAAUCCUUUCCUCCGGAUUUGCUAGAUCAUUCAUGCAAAACCGAAUUGGAUAUUUCAGAGUAUGAUAAAAGUCAGGGCCUGCUUGCCAUCAACAUCAUUGUAGGGAUUUUUAGAAGAUUGGGUGUACCAGAAAAUGUGUGUCGUGGUAUGUAUGAGAGUCAUCGAAACACCGUGUUGGUGUGUCGAGAAUUUGGAGUUAAGCUAUUUGUGGACCUACAGAUGAAGAGCGGUAUUAGUUGGACAUUGGCCGGCAAUACCUUUGUAAACAUGACCGCUGCUGCAUGUACUUUUGAUUUGAAGAAAUUGCCAUUGUACCGCCAAUACCGAAUCCAAUACAAUUACUUGGCUCACGCUGGUUUUGUAGGCGACGAUAGUUUUAUCCUGUCUCCAGAAACUUUCGAAAGGAGCCUUGCAGCAUCCUAUGGGUCAUUGUUUAACCUUGAAGUGAAAGUGCUAACAUAUGAAACUCUUUCUUUCUGUUCCAAGUUUGUCGUGAGAGACGGUGAAAAAAUAGCUUUUGUACCAGAUGUUGUAAAAGUUCUUUCAAAAUUGGGUAGAAAUGAUUUGACCAACCCUCAGCAUGUUGAGGAGUAUAGGAUAUCAUUGGCUGACAAUUUGAAGUGUUUGAGUAACGCUCGCCUUAUUCCUGAAAUAAGUAGAAUAGUUCAAGAAAGAUAUGGGAGCGGAAUCAACACUAACACAUUAUGCACAGAAUUGUAUAAUCUAUCCCAGGAUAAGGAGAGUUUUCAGAGACUUUUCGAAAUCCCCAAGGAGGGUCGUAUAUGCUACGAUCCCUCAUUGAGGAAAAUUUCAAUCAUGUAG